AUGAAGUUCUCAACUACUCUUUUGCCCCUUGCGGCAGUUUCUACUGCCUUUGUAAUUCCUGAUGAGCAAAUAACCAAUCAGAUCAUCGUUGAAUCUCAAGCAACUUCAAAAACAUGGCUCGAUAGAAUCUCAGAGACCAAAGACAAUGUUUUCUCUCAUGCCGAAAAGUCUUUGAAGGAUGCAGUUGCAUUCAGUGAGAAUGCUUUCGAUAAUGCUAUGGAUACACUUUCCGAGACUUCCGAACAGGCACAGAAUAUCAUUGAAUGUCACCACUCAAUGUCAAAGUUUGAUAUCUCAGGCUGGCUAGAUUCUGCCAUUUCUACUGUCGAGGAUAUCGAUAUUUUCGACCACCCUCACGAGGAGCCUCCUCAUCAUGGAAACCCUCCUCACCCUCCUCACCACCCAAAGAACCCACAUCAUGGUCAUGGCAAGCCUAACAAGACUGUCUACGAACUAAUUGCUAGCAGCAAGUACACCACCAAACUCGCUGAGCUCAUCAAUGAAUUUCCGGAGAUUGUUGAUGCUUUGAAUAGUACCGAGGCAAAUUACACAGUAUUCGCACCAACUGAUGAGGCCUUUGAGAAGAUUCCAGAUCAUCACAAGAAACCUUCAAAGGAAUUGCUCAAGGCUGUCCUUGGAUACCACGUCUCUCCAGACUUCUAUCCAGCUGGUCGUGUCCUCGUUUCGCAUACUAUCCCAACUUUAUUGAAAGAAAGUCGCCUUGGGGACGAACCUCAACGUCUUCGUGUUGGUUUAGGUCUCAAGGGAUUGGCCGUCAAUUUCUACAGCAGGAUUGUCGCCGUCAACGUUUUCGGCACAAACGGAGUGAUACACGGUGUUGAUUCUCUUCUCCUCCCACCUCCAUCCGCUCUUAAAAUCAUCGAACUCCUCCCUGGCGAAUUCUCGACUCUUCAACUCGGUCUUGAGAAAACAGGCCUCUUCGAUACCAUCGCAGCAUCUCAUCACACAGGAGGAACAUUCUUUGCACCCAAUAAUUGGGCAUUCCAAAAGCUUGGUCCUAGAAUCAAUGCAUUCCUAUUCAGCAAAUACGGUCAAAAAUAUCUCAAAGCCCUUCUCAAAUACCACAUCGUCGCAAACCAGACUCUGUACUCCGAUGCUUUCUACAAAGCCAAGUCUGAUGACGCAAGCUUUAAUGUCAUUGAUGAGAUCGAUACUGCGGAUAUCCCCAAGGGACGCUUCCAUAUCGACUUGCCUACAUUAUUGGAAGAUAAGAGUCUCAGUGUCGAUAUUGCGAGAUUUGGUGGUUUCAUCAGUAUCAAGAUUAAUGGAUUCAGCAGCGUGAGUGUCCAAGAUGGAGUUGCAAAGGAUGGUGUCAUUCAUGUUUUGAGCUCGGUUUUGAUUCCACCCAAGACACCGGGUGAAGAGAUGUGGGCGGGUGAGGAGCUGGAGGUCGAAGAUUUGAUGGAGAGGUUGAUCCCUUAUAUGAAUGAGGAAUUAAUUCAAACCCCCAAGAAAACCAAAGAAGAGGCAUUGCAAUUCAUGAAAUUCAUACUACCGAAAACACACGAGAAUCCCGAGGGAGAAGUGGAGGGGAUGGAUAAAUUUGCUAUUAUUGUGGCUCGUGGAGAGGGAGGAGAACCUCCCAAAUGCGUAGGAUUCGUCGGCACCAACCGCUUUUUCCCCGAGGGUCUGGAAGUAGGAUAUUGUAUAAAUCCUGAAUACUGGGGUUCUGGAUAUGCUACAUGGGGUUUGACGGAAUUUCUGAGGGUUUAUUGGGGAUUGGAUGAUAGAAAUCACGUCCCCCACCUCGUCGCAAAAAUCGAUCCAAGAAAUAAGGCAAGCGAGAAAGUGAUAAUGAGAGUAGGGGCGAGAAAAGGAGAGGUUCUUGAAAAUAAGGGAAAGGGAGAGGGAGAGGAAGAGGUGAAGGGGAAGGAGGAGUCAAAGAAUGAGAGAAAGAAAAACGAAUUCGGGUUGCGGGAUACGAUACUUGGAGAAACUAUCGCGAGGCUUGAAAAUAUAGAGAUUAUGAUUCUGAAAGUCUGGAUUUGGGAGUGA